AUGCCGGAUUCAGAAUUCAAGCUUCGAUUUAGGCUCUCUCGACCAUACUUCCGAGCAGUGCUCAGCCUCAUUUCAGACCACGCCGAGUUCAAGAGCAUCCCUGGGAAGCAGCCAAAGAUGUGUGUUGAGCUGCAUCUACUGGGUCUCUUUAAGAUCCUGGGGUCCACAGACGGCGAAGGACGUUCGGUUGACUUUCUCUCGGUUGGUGGACUUACAGCGGAAAGUCUGCUGGCUAAGCGGUGCAUACGGGCGCUGAAUAGCUUGGUCAGCAACAUUACCACAACGUAUUGGUUUAUUUAUGGUACUCUCUUUCCGCUGCUGACACGUCCUCAAGACCAUGGAGAAGAUUACUUUUCGCGCAAAGCUUCCUACGCGAUUAAUGGCCUGGUGAUCUGUGACGACCAGUCUCGUAUUCGCUAUGGAAACGUGGGGUGGCCGGGCUCCUCUCAUGACAACCGUACGUCAAAUGUGUUGGUUCCCGCUUUCAAAACAUCAGCUGGUGGUCAACUCAGUGUGAAGAAGAUCCACUUCAGCAAGUGUCUGGCCCAAGUCCGCAUCCAAAUUAAAGCCACAAUCGAGUUGAUUCGGCCGUGUAAGAUUCUUCAUAAUAUGGCUAUUGCGGAUCCCGUCCCUGAUGACUGGAUUGAGCCUGAACCUGGAGUUGACUUUGACGGUGAUGACGAAGAUAAAUAUUUGGCUCCCAGUGGCGAAAUAGCAGAAGACAGGCGUGACGUUUUGAGCGGAUUAGCAUUUGACAUAGCAUUUUAG